AUGGAUCAGAAUCAAACGCGGGCAUCUGGGUUUAUCGAUACGUUGUGGGAGGAAGACGACUACUUGGAAGACAUCAUAGACCAUCUUGCUUAUAUGGAGGAUGUGACUUUGCCAAGCAUUCUCAUGAUCGAAAAGCAAGAACAAAUCACGUGGGACCUACGGUCAAAUCUCAUCGACUUUGUCACCCGAUCACAUCAGCACUUUCGUCUUCCCUCGCACGUGCUAUUUUUAUCUAUCAAUCUCAUUGACCGAUACUGCUCAAGGAAGCAGGUCUUUGAAGAACACUACUGGUUGCUUGGGAGUGUCGCACUCUUUGUUGCCUCCAAAUAUGGUGAUAAGACUGACCGAGGUAGAAAUCUCAUACCUCUCGCAAAUGGAAGUCUCAAUCUUGUACACUCUAGACUGGGUGAUGGGCCACCCGACAACGGACCAUUACCUGGACUUUUGCUCGUAGGAGAACCUAGGGGCGGCGAGCUAGCUAGUAUGGCAGCAUACCUGUCGGAGAUCUCGCUUUAUCAUCCAGAGUUUGCCGGGAUCAAGCCUUCUGUUAUUGCUACAUCAUGCUGCAUGCUUGCCAAAAGUAUUCUUUUCGGAACUGUGUCGAUAGGAACAAACACAGAAAUCGUGGUCAUGGAAACUUUGAAUUCCCUUUGGAAACGCCUUCGUCAGCCUCCACCAGCUAUUUCAGACAAAUACUCAACCCAGAGCCAACACUACGUAGCGCAAACUGUGUUUUAUCGGCUGGCCGGUUAG